AUGAACCUUAAGCUGAAUGCUAGGUGGGUGCGCGCCAGGAUGCAGUCACAUUCCUCUCCAUCUCCCCCCUUAAAAGCACAUGAUCUCUUCACCGAAUCUACCGAUGAUGAUCCCUUCGCUCAGCUCGACGGAGCCGACUCUUCCCAUGCCGUCAAUCUCUACAUGGAGCCUGAUCCUGCAACUAGACCUACUCUUAUACCCCUCCCCGAAGACCACCCUAAUGACUUUGCCUAUGAUACCUCACAUGACCAGAUUGUUCCUCCCUCUUUCGCUCCACCACUUCCCCAGGAUAUUCCCUUACCCAAGGAAGACCCACAAUCACCAGAACCAGAGCCUCAGGGGCAAGCAAAACCCACUCCAGACUAUUCCCUCCUCCUCGCUGAGUUCUCCGACAUAGACAUUCUUCCGCCAGUCGAGGAAGAACAGAGGACGCAAGGCGACGUGAGACUCCCACACGCUCGGCAUCUUUCAGGCGCUGAGGAGCAAGACAUCACUGUGGACCCCCAUGACCAAUUUCCAGCUGCCGCUGCCCUUUUCGGCACGUCAGCUGAUGAAGAUCAAACCUUUGAUCCCUUCCUUCCUCUCGUUGGCGUACCCGAUGCUACUUCUACUCCUCCUAUCGUAUCGCCCGUACCCGAGCUCUCCAUCGAACAGGAUCAAGACGAUGAUCCCUUUCACGCCCUCGCCCAGGCCGGGGCUUCCUCCGCCAUUGCAGAGACGGGGGAGACCUCUUUGCUAUCCGACUUCUCCGAUGCUAGCAAUUGGUUGGAAGAUACGUCAAUUGACAUGUCGUUGGACCAAGGGCCACAACAAGACAUUGGGCCCGAGACAAAAGACCAUAGCUACGACGACGUUCAACCAGUGGAGGUUGACAUACCUCAAGGGUGGUACGAUGAUCACGGGGAGUGGCAUUGGUACACUGAAGAGGAGAAAGCGGCGGUCAGACAGGUUAUGCUGACACCGGAUACUUCGGUGCUAGAACAAUCUCACGGCUCUCCUGACGUCGGCGUCACAAAUGGCUAUGGACAGAAUAUUAUAUCUCCCGCUCUCAAUACAGGAGCCUUCUCUCCGGGACUGUCAGCACGACCCACUUUCGAGCGCGGUAACUCUGAGAACCUUGCUCGUCGGACACCUCAGCCGGAGCAACCGGCAGUGUUGAAUAGCAUAACAUACGAUCCGUAUGCUCCUCCACCUCAAUCGCAGGCUGAUGCCGGUCCUUCAACAUCAUACCAUCCCUAUCAACCUUAUCAACCUGCUGUCUACGACCCCGCUCCACCAUCUACUUUGAACGGCUCUUCAGUAGGGGAUUCAAAAUACAGUGCUUCUCUCUCCAAAUAUGACCCGUACGCACCUCCUACCUCCAGUAUGCCUCAACGUUCCGUCUCCAACUCCGGUCCGACUUCAGUCAACAAGCCUCCUGGUCCUCCCGCUCCCAAACCGCAACUACAACGCAUGACAUCGAACGCCUAUGAUCCUCCAUUGAGACAGAACAAACCGAUUGCCAGAUCGGUCUCCGCGGCACCUCUUGUUCCCAUUGGAUUCUCGAUGGCACAAGCUCCCCCUGUACCUCCUCUUCCCAAUAUGAACCCUCCGGUUGCUGCGCCUCGGCCACCACCAUCCGGUCCCCCUCGUCGAGGGAAAACACCUGUGGCCCCAGUGUUUGAUCCUCCCCCAAAAAUGCCAGCAGAGCAGCGAGCACCCCUGAUCAAUGGACAAGCGGGUCACGAGUUUUAUCAUCCUGAGAUAUCAUCAGGUCCGCCCGCCCGGGCGAGCUCCUCGACAUCAACACAUGCGGAUAAUAUUCGACCUGGCUCGUUCAACAGCUUUGAUCCUCCAAUCCGACCUUUCAGUACCGCACACCAUCAGCCCCAUCAUUAUCCAGCGCCACAAGUCUACACACCUCCAACCCUCGCCAUCUCCCCUCCACCCGGUGAAGCGGCAGCUCGUCCGGCCAGUCGUGGUCCGCCCCGACGGUCUUCCCCAAUGUACGACGCUCCACCCCUUCCCAGACCUGCGUCAGUCAAUCCCCCAAGCAAUCCUCCACAGAACUCCAACUAUGAUCAACCUCAUCGGCCAGCACCACCACCGUUUCCUGGAGAUACUUACGAUAGUCGUCCCCAGCCUCUCACGCAGUCCAGACUGUGGGACGAAGACCAACCUGGACAUGACCUUUCCGACGCAUAUUCUCAUCACACGCUAUCUCCGCCAGUACCUCAGAGUGCAUAUCAGCUUGAACCUCCCCGACCAACCUUACCUGUGAACCCCUCUGACAUAGAAGGAAACUUCGAUCAAUCCUCAUCUCUCGGACUGCAGCAUCAUGCUCCACAUGAACCCCCACAGCCUGUUCCUCAAUCAAGGCCAUAUCAGCCGUACCUUCCAACGUCCGACACAACUUCGUCUUAUGCUCCACAACCUUCCCGACACUCACCCGCCCCCUCAUAUGGUCAACCCCAGUCCUACGAACCUUCUCCUUACUCUGUCUAUGCCCCGAGUAUGACAUCACCCACGCAAAGUCAACCUCGCCCCAUUUCAGAUUACAGUACAUCUCCCUCUCUGGCCUUCUCUCCGGUCCAGCAGCGCACCUCUUUCGACGAGGCAUACGUCCCGCAACAAGUCCUUGAGCAACGUCCUGUUUCUGAAGACCCAUUAGGUCGAUGCAGUCUUAUAGCACGUAAUAUCCCUUUUGCAGUGUUCGGGUUUGGAGGUACCGUGAUAACUGCCUUCCCCGCUACAGCCGACGGUGAAGCGCCCGGCCUCGGACAUAAUCGUACCAUGUCCUAUGGAUAUGCUUCGGGGCGAGGUAAAGUGUGGCUCCGUAACAUCACUGAAUUGGUCCCUCCCAGUGUUCUGAAGAUCAGUGAGACGCCUUUUCCUGGGCCACUGUUGCUCGACCCAGCUGUGCCGAAAGGAGUAGCUGGAGAGAAGAAGAAAAGAGAGGCAAUCGUGGGUUAUUUGGAGGCGAGAACGGAAGAGAUAGAAAGGGGAUUGCCGUACCUGAUGUCGUCAGCUAGUCGUGCCAGGAGGAAGCAAGAAGGAAAGCUUGUCUUGGUCAAACUACUGGCGGCGAUGAUGUUGGGAGAAGGCCGGUUAUUGGGAAGUCCCAAAGUGGAGGACGCCGUCCGCAACGCCCUUCGACCCCCAGCUGAAACUCCCAACACCUACCCCUCGACGACCUCUAAUCACAUCACCGCUAACGGCUUCUCCACUGCCCAAGGGGCGCCGGUUACCUCAUCGCAGUUAUCUGAUAUCUCCAAUCUCCUCGGCAGUGGAGACAAACGAGGCGCUGUUGCGUAUGCUGUCGAAGCUGGUUUAUGGGCUCAUGCUUUGGUCAUCUCUAGCUCUGUCGAUCCUGAACUGUGGUCCGAGACUGUUUCUCGGUUCUCCGCAUCGGAAUUAGGAGAUAAAGGUCCCUCUGUAUCCGGUCUGAAAGCUUCGUACGCUUUAUUUUCAGGAGCCACCUCGCACACAGAUGACCCCGCGAACGAUCAAUGGAGAGAAGUUAUCAGUGCCGUCUUGUUCAAUGGCAAAGCGGCGGAUUUGUUGUGCUUGGAUGAGCUAGCUCAACGAUUGGUCGCUGCUAAAUUACCAGAAGCUGCACAAGUCUGCUUUUUAUUGUCACCAUCAUCGCCAUUUUCAGAUCCUACACCUGCAGCGGCGGACAAACCUAUCUUGUUGCUCCAGCAAAAAGACGAAGAUAGCACUAUCAUCGCUGAGGUGGCGGAGUAUGCCAGGUCUCUCAUACCUCUGCCAAAAGGUCAGGAAAGUCCUUUUGCAGGACUGCCGGGAUUGUUACCUGAAAAACUCCACCGUGCUUGGAUUGCCGCUGAGUUGGGAGAAAUUGAUAUUGCCACCAGAUAUUGCAAUGCGAUUGCCGCAGCGUCCAAGCCUAUCAAAGCCGGUCCAUCUCUCCUUCCCCCAUCCCUUCUUGCCAGUCUUGAAGAUCUUCUCGAACGUCUGACCGGCACUCCCUCCGUUGACCCUCCCACGGCUAUCGGCUCUCGUCGCGCACCAAAACCAGGUUUAGAUAAAUUAGGUUCAUGGAUAGGAGGUCGACUUACAACCUUUAUCGCUGGUGAAGAAGGAGGUCCACCACCAAAACCCGAUCCCACACAAACCGGUCCAGUGGGACCAUUCUCACAUUUCAGUUCCAUCUCUCCUAAUCCUUCCAUGCCCACCACACGCACCACUUCAUCCUCCGAUAGCGGUCGUAGUGGACAUCUCGGUAUUCCCAACAUUGAUCCAGGACAAAACUAUGAUCCAACGUCACGUUCAUAUGGUUCUUCCUCAUCUCUCAACACUUAUGGUGACUGGUCAGCAUAUAAUAAUCACUUGGAUGAUGAUGCUACUCCUCAUGCUGAAAUCCCUCCAGAUGGACCUGUAGAAUUGUUAACUCCGAUGGCAGCAUUAUCUCUCAAUUCUUCGAAUACACCUUCUUUCACAUCCACAUACCAACCCGCUCAACAUGAUGAAGAAGAAGUAGAAGAUGAUUUAGGAUUUGGAAAUACUUCUUUGUCACGCGCUCGAACACCUAAACCGGAAAGUUCAAGAGAUACAAAUACCUCGAAUCAAUCUACACAGUCAACAACUGAUAAACCUGUCACACCAACGCCCCCCACGGAUUCACCGAAACCGGAACAGAAAACCGGUUGGUUGAGAGGAUGGUUCGGGAAGAAAGAUGAUUCCCCCGGUCCUGUGAAAGCUAAUCUGGGGGAAGAAAGCUCGAUGGUAUUUGAUCCAGAAUUGAAAAGAUGGGUUGUUAAAGGUUCCAAAGGAGAAAAAACUCCACCUCCUCAAUUAGCUCCUCCACCUAGAGCGCAAACGGCGAGUCCUUCUAAGCUCGGUCGACCGAACCAUCAUCAAAGUCAGGCUCCAACAGUGAGACCGAUGUCCGUUGUUCCUGGUAUUUCUGGACCACCUAAGAGUUCAAGUAUGACGAGUUUGACAGGGACAGAGAUAAGGAAAAGUAGGAGUAGUUUGAACGAAAGUGUUACAGCUGGGGAUGUUGAUCGUAUCACUUUUUCCGUUGAUCCUGAGGGUGAAUCAGGAGGACAAGGUGGUAAGGAAGAAGGAGAAGAAAGAGUGCAAGGUGGUAAGGAAGGAGAUGGAAGAGGUAAUGUGAAUAGUGGGAAUGGACCACCGAGAUUGACCCCAACACCAAUGACCAGUCUAGGUAUUGGACCACCUUCCAGACCGGGUACAGCAAGUAUAGACGAUUUACUCUCUCGUCCACCUACCAGACCGGGAUCAAAAGUGAAGAAACCGAGAAAUAAAUAUGUGGAUGUAUUUCAAGGACAGGGAUAA